AUGGUCCAAAUCAGCGAGGUUAAGGGAAACAGUCGCGAGAACCGCACGGCUGCCCACACCCACAUCAAGGGACUAGGAUUGAAGCAGGAUGGCACAGCAGAGAAGCAAGCCGCUGGCUUCGUCGGCCAGUCGACGGCAAGAGAGGCAGCUGGUGUUGUAGUUGACCUUAUCAAAGCACACAAGAUGGCCGGCCGCGGCGUUCUGCUGGCUGGUGGACCCGGUACAGGAAAGACGGCUCUCGCUCUCGCCGUCAGUCAAGAACUCGGAACCAAGAUCCCCUUCUGCCCGAUUGUCGGCAGCGAAAUUUACUCGACAGAGGUGAAGAAGACGGAGAUGUUGAUGGAGAACUUCCGCCGGGCCAUCGGCUUGAAGGUUCGGGAAACGAAGGAAGUGUAUGAAGGCGAGGUUACGGAGCUUACGCCUGAAGAAGCCGAGAACCCUCUGGGCGGAUACGGCAAAACCAUCAGCACACUUCUGAUCGGCCUGAAGAGCGCAAAGGGACAGAAGAAAUUGCGUCUGGAUCCCAGCAUAUACGAGGCCAUCCAGAAGGAAAGGGUUUCAGUGGGAGAUGUCGUCUACAUCGAGGCGAACACGGGCGCUUGCAAGCGCGUGGGAAGAUCAGAUGCCUAUGCGACCGAGUUCGACCUCGAGGCCGAAGAAUACGUCCCCAUUCCCAAGGGCGAGGUGCACAAGAAGAAGGAAAUCGUGCAGGAUGUGACGCUACACGACCUCGAUGUUGCCAACGCGCGGCCCCAGGGUGGUCAAGACAUCAUGAGCAUGAUGGGCCAGCUGAUGAAGCCCAAGAUGACUGAGAUCACGGACAAGCUGCGCGGAGAGAUCAACAAGGUGGUGAGCAAGUACAUUGAUCAGGGCGUUGCGGAGCUCGUGCCGGGUGUGCUCUUCAUCGACGAGGCACACAUGCUCGAUGUCGAGUGUUUCACGUACCUGAACCGGGCUCUGGAGUCCCCCAUUGCCCCGAUUGUCAUUCUGGCAUCAAACAGAGGAAUGGCCACGCUUCGCGGCACGGAUGAUAUUGUCGCGGCGCACGGCAUUCCGGCAGACUUCUUGACUCGCAUGCUCAUCAUUCCAACCACGCCGUACCAGGCCGAUGAGAUCAAGCGUAUUGUUCGCAUCAGGGCCACCACCGAGGGUGUGCCUAUUACCGACGCUGCCCUGGACAAGAUCGCGGAGCACGGCGUCCGCAUCAGCUUGCGGUACUGCCUGCAGCUGUUGACACCCGCCAGCCAUUCCCCCAUCCCCUCUCUGUUCAUUCUUUCCAAGGCAAACGGCCGCAGCCAAAUCGACGUCCAGGACGUGGCCGAGUGCGAAGACCUCUUUUUGGAUUCGCGGCGCAGCGCCAGUCUCUUGAGCAGCGAAAGCGGCAAAGGAUACAUUUCGUAUUCCAUGGAGUUGUUCUUUGACAUGAAAUAUUCAUCUGGGAGAGAGGACCAGUCAUCUGUCGACAAGCGGUCUGGGGGACUCGACUCAAAGGCAUUGAAUCCUUUUCACGUUAUCACACUCGGCUUGACUGGGCAUCCGGAGGUUUGGAUUGUGAAGAAGAGGGCGCGCUGUUUGCAAAACAAAACGACUGCCGCGAACCAUAAAAACGCAAGUUUAACGAGAGACAACCCACGCACCGCCAAUGCCAAUGGAAAAUGUCCCUCACCGCGUCUUGUCUUUUUUCCUGGCUGCUCUCCCAGAGUUCCCGUUCUGAACCCCGGCUCCCCCUCCCAUCCGUCCGUACUUUUGCGUCUGUCAUCAGAGACAUCACCAAUGCCAAACGCAUUGGUCAUUGUUUCUGACGUCCACCCCCAGCCCAUGAGUCUGCAGUCGGUCGCUUUUGCUACCGCCGCAUCCUUUCCCGCCUUCUACGGCUCCAUCUUCGGACUUGGGGACCCGAAACUUGCCUAUUUCUUGUUCUCAAGGUCUGAGGGCAAGAAAGGCAUUUGCCCAUUUCUUGGCCUAUACUCUGUCUCUCCGUCUCCAACGCUCUAUGCGAACGGAACGCCUGGGCGAGUCCUAAAGAAGAGAGAGACAGACAUAGACGACGCGGGCACCGGUCACCACAGGGCAAACGCUUCUUCACAAAGAAGCCCAUUUCCCUCAUCUGCAACAACCUUGGGUCUCCGAUCCAUCUCCUUCCCUGCUCAGAGCCGUCGGUCAACCGUCGUCGUUGACGCUGGUCGCUGUUCGUCGCUGUCGUCUCGACGACAUCGUACCAACCGCCCUGCCUACCCUGAUGUUCUUUCUUCCCCAUAA